GAUGGGGGGAUAUCACCACCCAAUUAAUUACAUAAACUAUACUACGGAUGCAGAAUAGAUUACAAAAUUAUAUGCGUGGGCACGAGCAGAUGCGCGUUAACAGCAUAAGUCGGAUUCCGUCAAGAUGGCCGCCUCCAGUGCAGUGAUAUCAAUGUCUAAAAUCAUUAAACCCAUUUGGGGUGGACGGUUGGCAACGACAGCAAAAGUAUUUGGAGCCACAGUGAGCAGUCGCAGAGAGAAGUCAACAGUAGGACAAAUCAUUCCCCCUCCUGCGAAGUAUGGUGGCAGACACACUGUAACUCUGAUACCUGGAGAUGGUAUUGGACCAGAACUGCUCAAUCACGUAAAGGAGCUCUUCAGGUUCAGCUGUGUACCUGUGGACUUUGAGGUCGUGAAUGUCAGCUCAGCUACCGAGGAUGACAUCAACAACGCCAUCACAGCCAUCCGCCGUAACGGAGUGGCCCUCAAAGGUAACAUUGAGACCCUCCACACCCUGCCUGCUUCCCACAAGUCCAGAAACAAUCUCCUCCGCACCAGUCUGGACCUGUAUGCCAACGUCAUGCACUGUAAAUCCCUCCCUGGAGUUCAGACUCGCCACAACAACAUUGACAUCAUGAUCAUCAGGGAGAACACUGAGGGAGAGUACAGCAGUCUGGAGCAUGAGAGUGUAUCAGGGGUGGUGGAGUGUCUCAAGAUCAUCACCCGGACUAACUCCCUGAGAAUCGCUGAGUAUGCCUUUAAAUUGGCCCGGGAGAAAGGUCGCAAGAGGGUCACUGCAGUUCACAAGGCCAACAUCAUGAAGCUGGGAGAUGGUCUGUUCCUGCAGUGCUGUCGAGAGGUGGCUGCUGGAUACCCUGACAUUACCUUCGACGCCAUGAUAGUCGACAACACCACCAUGCAGCUAGUGUCUAAGCCCCAGCAGUUUGACGUUAUGGUGAUGCCCAACCUGUAUGGUAAUGUGGUUAGCAAUGUGUGUGCUGGCCUGGUGGGAGGACCAGGGCUGGUGCCAGGGGCCAACUAUGGCCGUGACUAUGCCGUCUUCGAAACGGCCACCAGGAACACAGGAAAGAGUAUUGCUGACAGGAACAUUGCUAACCCCACUGCCAUGCUACUGGCCAGCUGCAUGAUGCUAGAUCACCUCAAGCUCCACGAUUAUGCCACUAUGAUCAGGAAUGCAGUCCUUACGACCAUGAACGAGACUCGGUUGCACACAGCUGACAUCGGGGGGCAGGGCACCACCUCUGAGGUGGUUCAGGCGAUCAUGAGAAACAUCCAGAGCAAGGGGCCUCUCACCAGCGAGCUCUGAACACGCAUUUCGACCACACACAUCAAGUCAAUGCUGUUGGAUAACAUACGAAUCCUUGGUGUGUCUCGUAUAUUUGAACAACUGUGUGCCGUAUGAGAGAGUGGGGGUGUGUUUGUGCAUGUUUAUUUCCAUAGUAAUGCUCCUCUGUUGAGCGGUUCAGUCUUGCCUGUAAACACACACACUGCUUUCAGACGAAUUCAUCACUUUACAUUUGUACAGUUUAGUCAUUUAGCAGACACUCUUAUCCAGAGCAACUUAUAGUUGUGAGUGGAUACAUUUUUCAUACUGGUCCCCUAUGGGACUCAAACCCAAAACCCUGGUGUUGCUAGUGUUAUGCUCUACCAACUGAGCCACACGGGACCAUGUUAUCUUCCCCUCUGCAUGCCUUUAAUUCAUUCAUUCAUGUCUGUGUAUUUCAAUGUUAUUUCAAUUUAACACCAUUCUGUCUUUCCAUAACCAUUCCCUGGCUGUUUCAAGCACAUUUAACAUUUGAGCGUAAACAAAGGAAGUAGGAGGCUCAAACUGCAUCUGUAAUAACAUGCUGUAGUGAAGUAGUAACAGUUAGGAUCUGUCUCUUGGAUUUAACUGCAGCACUUUAUAGCUACUCUGUGCUAGGUUCAUCCUACAUCCCAGGACAUGAUGGCCUAGACAGCAACACCUCCAGCUCCUCUUAAACGUAUUAUAUGUAGAUGGGUUUGUGUGAUUUAUAUUUGAGCGACUGUUUCUUAGGUAUAUCGGUUCACUGCAGAAUUUUGAGACUUGAAACGGUUAUACUGUCCACCUAUUUUCCUAAUUGCAAUGUAUCGUACUGUAGAAAAGAAAAUGUGUAAACGGUUAUGUUUCUUACGGUACUGAAAUGUUGCUGAAAUAUUAUAGACUGUUUUAUGUUCUUCUCGCAGUCCAGCGCUUAGCUUUACGUCUACAGGUAGCCUGGCGGGUACAAGCGCUGAUUCAGAGGGGUUGGGUUACAUUUUCAGUUGAAUGCAUUCAGUUGCAAAACUGAUAAGGUAUCCCUCUUUCUCUGUCUCAAAUCUAAGUUUAUUUGUCACGUGGCCGAACACAACAGGUGUAGUAGACCAUACAGUGAAAUCCUUACUUACAGGCUCUAACCAAUAGUGCAAAAAAGGUAUUAGGUGAACAAUAGGUAAGUAAAGAAAUAAACCAACAGUAAAAAGACAGGCUACAUACAGACGCCGCUUAGUCAGGCUGAUUAUUAAGGUAGUAUGUAGAUAUGAUUAAAGUGACUGAAGAUAGCCCGGUUAGCCAAUGUGCGGGAGCACUAGUUGGUCGGGCCAAUUAGGUAGUAUGUACAUGAAUGUAUAGUUAAAGUGACUAUGCAUAUAAGAUAAACAGUAGCAGCAGCGUAAAAAGAAUGUUUACCUGUGACUCAGAUGUAUCUUUCCCACAGACAUCUAAUUCUCGUUGAAAGCUAGUCUAAAAGCGGUAGAUCUGUUAUAUUUCUAUGCUUCCAGUUCUUAAGUUUUGUUUUUGCGUCUUUUACUUUUGGUUUUGUACACCAGCUGAAAAUACAAUAUUUUUGUUUAUGGAAAAUAUAUUUCACAGCGGUUUAGAUGGUACAAUGAUUCUCUGCACUAUACUAAUUAGGUGAACUAUUAGAAUUUUAGCAACCUGGAAAUGGCGGAGAGAUUUCUGCGUAGUGCAUUAAGGUUUUUGUUAUACUGGUCUAUAACUUCUCAUCUUUGUCUGUUACAGACUGUGUCUUUAUAUGAACAACUCAGAACUGUACCCUGAAAUAUAAUAUGUUAUACUCUUAUUUUUUUUUAAAUAUAUAUAUAUAUAUAUACA